UCCGGUUGCAACAUAACUUUGAAACCCCCACCUAUUAGAAACACGGAUUUAUUUCACAGCGGGACAAACAUUUUAAAGAAAGAACCAAGUAAAUUGAGGACAUUUGAUUGAUCGUUUGAAAUGCUGCACGUCUACUUCUUAAAGAAGCAGUCCUGAUCCAGUUCUUGAUAGAAGCCCAGGUUUGUUACAUUUGGCUUGUGUUUGCUGCAGCUCUUACAGCACAUGGAGGCAGUCUGGCUGGAUUCCACUUCUACUAGAGAAAGAAAGAGAGGCCCUUAAAGCUGUGUAUCUGUUUUAUGUGACACAUGCACAUGGGAGUUAUGAGGUUUUGCUGUGUUUGCAACAUCGUGUAAACACUCUCCCCUCAUGACCUAAUUGGCAUGUUUGUAAUAUCCAUGCACUGUGCUCCAUUAAAGCAAGUGGUUUGUCUUCAGGUCAGAUUUUAGUAGGGAUAUUUGGAGCUCUGGAUCCUUUUUAGUACUUGUGAAGGCACCUGUUUGACUCGUUCCAUUCACUGCCGAGAAUGUGACUUACCAAAGAAAGGGACAGCAAAUGGGCGACUGUUGUUUGGGAAUGUGGAUUUUCAGGUAAUGGGCAGCUUCUGGAGGGUGUGAGCUUGGCGUGUGCUGUACAGUUAAAGGUGUCACCAUAGAGAUGAUGAAGAGGGAGGGGCAAGGCAAAAAAAAAAAAGGAGAGUCAGAGCGGGUGGAACUGACAGCGAGGGGGGGUGAGGCUGUCAAUGAAAAGCAAGAUAGAGCCUGCAGUAGGGACUUGCAACAUGGUUUCGGGAGCGAGUGAGGAAUACAGGAAAGAAUCACUUAUCGGCCUCUCACACUGCAUGGCUUUGUGAGAGCGAGUGGGCAGAUUUGCUGAGCUCACCACCACCACAAUGCUGACUGCUGCUGUUGCUGCCGUGUGGAUCCUGGCCCUGCUAGGCCCAGUGCAAGGCUGGGGCCUGUCACCCGCAGCUGAGGCAGACUUCAGCGUCUGCAGCCACAGCUUCUACAGACAAACGCCUCCCAAAGAGGGCUCUGCGGGGAGGCCGCCCCUUCGCCCUCAGUGUCACAGAUCCCCCGGCGGCCACGACUUCGCCACUCUCCACAGGCCCGACUGUGACACAGCUGUCGGCUUGGCUCUCCAUCUCGGCCACGGAUGGACGGAGACGCCGGGACGAGAAGGGGAGGAGCUUGCGGUAGUAAAAGAAGAUGGAGUGUUCAUUCCAGUUCUUCUCAGAGGCAAAGAUGCGUCUCCACCUGCAGACUCUCCCCUCCAACGAUGGGACGCCGCCAUCUCCACUCUGGUCCACUCCACCAUCUCCCCACAGUGUUGUGCUUUAAGUGGGGAUCUCUACAUCCUGACCGGGCUCGAGGGCUGUCAGACGACACCACAGUGGUCUGCCAUGUGCUGCUCAGUGCCGGGAGAGAACGGCGGCUUCAGCGUGGGGUUAAUCCGCGCCACAGAUGAUGAAGGCCAGCGGCAAGUGAGCAUGAAGGAGCUGCAGGAGUUGCUGGGAGUGGAGGAGCUGUUCUCUGGAGGCUGUGGAAGAGUAGAUGGGGAGUCUACAGGUGUCACACUGAGGCUUCAAACUGAAGCGCAAACGGAGAACACAGAAGAGUCGGUCUCAGAUUCUAGCCACGUACGCUCCUCAAGUCAAGAUGUAACAGCAGACGAGAGAGACUCCGAAGCAACUGAAGCAGAAGACUCUGAGCACACGUUGGAAAGAAGCAGUGGAGAGAAGAGAAAUGUGGAAGAAAAGGUAGAUGUGACACAUUAUGAUGAGACUGUCACUAAAAAGAAAGAUUCCAAUUCCAGCAGCAUUGUAGUCUCCAUCAUCUCCACCAUUUUGAGCAUCCUUAAAGCUCCACUUAGGCCCAUAUUCUCCAGAAUCACACAGUUUCCUGGACAGGUGAGCUACGUUCUUCAGGAAGACCUCGGAGUUCUCUCAGCUCUCCCAGGCGACACCUUCUCCCUCUUCUACCUCCUGACCUCUGACCUGUUGUCUUGGAUGCGCUGGGGUGCGGAAAAGCUGCUGGGUAUCGGCCAAAGGUGCGUCUGCGGCCUCUACCACUGCAGCUCCUCCAUGCUAGGGGAGCUCCUGAACUGCUGCUACACCGGAGUCAUGGGGACGGGGACCCUUGCCGGUGACACCCUGGGGAUCUUUGGCGAUGCCCUGGGUAACACCUGGUGGGUGACCAAGUACUUCGGAGGGCGUAUGCUGGAGCGAAGCGGCAACUACGUGGGAACAGUGGCGAUGGAGAUGGGGGAUCAAGCUGCAGCCGUGGGUGGGGGGCUGGGCAGGUUGGCAUGGAGAAGCGGUAGUGGGGUGUUUAGUAUGUUCAGCAUGGGGGGCGGUAUCAUCUUUACGGUGGUGAAUGUCUUGUGUGGUGCGAUCACAGAGGGCUUUGGGCGGGAAACAGCUACAGUUCACACUGAAGUUCAAUCCGUGCUGUCUGACUAAAAAGUAACAUUUUUAAAUGGAUAGAGGUUUAACUUUUAAAAAUGUUAAUUUAUUUUGCUAAUUACCUCUUUUGGUUACUGAGGGAUGAACCAUUUAAUGUGUUUGGUUGUUCUAACAGGAUGAUCAUUUUAGAAAUAUUAAACUGUCGCUUUAACGUUCAUUACUGCAGAAGUGGGCUAUUGAAGAAUUCUGAAGUUUUAAAUUUACGCUGGGCAGAAAAGAAGAUAACGGCUGGAUGAUAAUUGCCAUGCUGACGGUUGGAUGUUUGUUUGAAUAAAAAGGAAUGAUGGCUUAAAUGGCAAACCACACUUGAACUAUGA